AUCUAAUUCCUAAAGAGUUUCUACUUCAAAUAUUCUGAUGCUACACCGAUUAUAGUCAUUAUACGGUAUCUGUUUACACAAUCGGAGUGAGGGUAAUCAGGCCUGCAAACUUUGACCCUUCACCUUUGCUGACCCCUUGUGUGGCAGGUUCGCCAUUUUGUGCGGUUUGUUUCUUUGUACCGCCCUCUCUCCAGUUGGACGCGAUUUCAACGAUACGUCGAGACAACACGGUCGAGAUGGCUGAUCCCAGCUGUGAAAGUUCUACUGAAGAUCUGUGUCACAGACAUCCUGGGAACGAGACAAGCAGCAUGGAGGAACAGACAACAGACAUGGGCUGGCAGCAGGACAGGGUAGAACAAACUUCAUCCAAGGAGACAUUUCAUAUGAAUGCUCAAAAGACUUUGGUCCCACAAAUAGACGAUCACAACAAAGCCCUACUUCAAAACAAGACAACAGACAUGGGCUGGCAGCAGGACAGGGUAGAACAAGCUUCAUGCAAAGAAACGUUUCAUGUGAGGGUUGAGAAUACAUCAUUCCCACAUGUAGAGGAUCAGGAUGAACCCCUAUUUCAGGACAAGACAACAGACACGGGCUGGGAGCAGGACGGGGAAGAACAAACUUCAUGCAAAGAAACCUUUCAUGUGAAGGUUGAGAACACCAAUUUGCAAAAACACGCAGGCAAGAAACCGUUUAUGUGUGAUCAUUGUGACUAUUCUGCAACACAAAAAUCCAAUUUGGACCGUCAUCUGCUAAAGCACACAGGCAGAAAAUCAUACAUGUGUAAUCACUGUGACUAUUCUACAUCGAGUAAAUUCCAGUUGGACCGCCAUGUACGUAAACAUACGGGGGAAAAACCUUACAAGUGUGAUCAAUGUGACUAUUCUGCAGCCCUAAAAACCACUUUAAAUCAACACCUCGCAAAACACACUGGCGAGAAACCCUACAUGUGUGGGGAGUGUGGGUACAGGGCAGCUAAGAAGUCUCAUUUAUCCCAACACAUGAAAGCACACACAGGGCAAAAACCCUACAAGUGUGACCAGUGUGACUAUUCUGCAGCACAGAAAAUCAGUUUAGACUUUCAUAUAGCAUCAAGGCACAGUGGUGCAAAUCCUCACAUGUGUGGGAAAUGUGGGUACAGCACGCAUCUAAAAUCCAACCUAAAGAACCAUAUGAGAACUCACAUGGGAGUUAAACCCUACAAGUGUGACCAGUGCGACUUUUCCUCAGCACACAAAUGUAGUUUGGACAAACAUCUAGCAACACACACUGGCGAGAAGCCCUACAUGUGUGGGGAGUGUGGGUACAGGGCAGCUCAAAAGUCUAGCUUAUCCCGACAUAUGGUAGUCCACACAGGACAAAAACCUCACAAGUGUGAUCAGUGUGACUUUUCUGCUGCUGAGAAAUUCAUGUUGGACCAACACCUAAUGAAGCAUACUGGCGAGAAGCCCUACAUGUGUGGGGAGUGUGGGUACAGGGCAGCUCGGAAGUAUCAUUUAUCCAGACACAUGAGAACACACACAGGGCAAAAACCCUACAAGUGUGAUCAGUGUGACUAUUCUGCAGCACAGAAGUGCCAUUUGGACCAACACCUGGCCAAACACAUGGGUGAGAAGCCCUACAUGUGUGGAGAGUGUGGGUACAGGACAGCGUGGAAGUCCAACUUAUCCCGACAUAUGGUAGUCCAUACAGGAGAAAAACCUUACAAGUGUGACCAGUGUGACUAUUCUGCAGCACAGAAAUGCCAUUUGUACCAACAUCUAGCCAAACAUGCCGGUGAGAAGCCCUACAUGUGUGGAGAGUGUGAGUACAGGACAGCUCAGCAGUACCGCCUGACCGAACACAUGAGGACCCAUACAAGAGAAAAAACCCUCAAGAACUAAAAGAACAUUUGGCUGAGAGUAUCUAAUACAAAAUGUAAUUGUACCAUGUAUUGGGGCACAAAAUAUUGAAAUAAUUUUGUAUUCAUACAUGUUUGACUCAUAUGACACAGUAGAUUCCACUGAGAUAGUUUUUUUACUGUCAUGUACAUGUCUUUUAGUUGCAAAGUAGGAAUUGGCUUAUAUGUUUAUUUUACUUACUUUAUGAUCGCAUAUUAACACUGAGCAAAAACUGUAUAUAUCAAACAAAUAGAUUUUACUUUCUUAGUGUCUAGAACAUAAAAAAUAUAACCAUUGAAAUUACUAACAUUCUUAUGUACCUCUGUGUACUUAAUAUUUUACAAAUAAAAGGCUCCAAUAUA